UGUGUGUGUGUGAAUUAUUUCCGAGUCCUCCGGCGACUUGCUCGCACAGUCCAAAAACAUUAAGUGCGUUUUUGUCUUCGGGUUGUAAAAACUCUUCACUAAAUAUACGAUCUUUGUUCGUCCUCACCGAGUGGGUCAGCUCAGCUGACGCGGAGGGGCGUGGUGGAAGCAGUUACGCUUGCUAACGCCCGCUACCAGUGCUGUGAAGUUUGUGUGCUGGUAUUCACAGCCUUUGACGCACAGUCCAGCUCUGACUGACCAAGUCCUUCAGUGGAAUAAAGACACGUGUGUUAUCCCGAAUAUCAAACGGUUUGAACACAUCUGUUACGGCGCUCUUGAACCAGUGCACACCGGAGCUGACAUGCGGUCGUAGCCGUUAGCAGGCGAGCCAGGCCGAGGAGAAGUGAUUGACUGACGCUCUCCUCCAUCCAGACGUGGAAUAAAUGUGUCACACAAUUCAUUUUGUCGAGGUGGUUGUUGACGCUCGAGAGGAUGCGCAAGGACGUGAGGAUUUUAUUAGUGGGAGAGCCCAAGGUGGGCAAGACAUCUCUCAUCAUGUCUCUCGUCAGCGAGGAGUUUCCAGAAGUGGUUCCCUACCGAGCUGAGGAGAUCACCAUACCUGCUGAUGUUACACCAGAGAGAGUUCCCACACACAUUGUGGACUAUUCAGAGGCAGAGCAGACAGACGAGCAGCUGUUUCAGGAGAUCUCUAAGGCAAAUGUGAUUUGCAUUGUCUACUCUGUCAACAACAAGAAGUCCAUAGAAAAGGUGACCAGCCACUGGAUCCCCCUCAUUACAGAGAACACAGACAAGGACAGCAGAGUUCCUCUGAUCCUGGUGGGGAACAAGUCAGACCUGGUGGAGCACAGCAGCAUGGAGACCAUAUUACCCAUAAUGAACCAACACAGUGAGAUAGAGACUUGUGUUGAGUGUUCAGCCAAAAACCUGAAGAACAUCUCAGAGCUGUUCUACUAUGCCCAGAAAGCAGUUCUGCACCCCACAGGUCCGCUCUACAGCCCAGAGAGAAAAGAUAUGAAGCCUCUCUGUGUCAAAGCGCUCACUCGAAUCUUCAAGGUGUCCGACUUGGACAACGACGGGAUUCUCAAUGAUAAUGAGCUCAACUUCUUCCAGCGGACUUGCUUCAACACCCCGCUGGAGCCUCAGGCGCUAGAAGAUGUAAAAAAUGUAGUGAGGAAGAAUUUAAGUGACGGAGUGUGUAAUAAUGGACUUUCUCUGAAAGGUUUUCUGUUCCUUCACACCCUGUUCAUUCAGCGAGGGCGUCAUGAAACAACAUGGACGGUGCUGAGGAGGUUUGGAUAUGACGACGACCUGGAGUUAAAUCAGGAUUACUUAUUCCCACCAUUGAAAAUUCCUUCAGACUGCACCACAGAGCUCAACCACAACGCCUACCUCUUCCUUCAGAGCGUCUUUGACAAACAUGACAAGGACCGUGACUGUGCCUUGUCACCAGAGGAGUUGAAAGACCUGUUUGAUGUUUUUCCCUACAUGCCCUGGGGUCCUGAUGUCAAUAACACAGUUGGCACUAAUGACAAUGGUUGGAUCACAUACCAGGGCUAUCUUUCCCAGUGGACGCUAACGACAUAUCUCGACGUCCAGCGAUGCCUGGAGUAUUUGGGUUACCUUGGUUACUCAAUCAUUGCUGAGCAGGAGUCACAGGCGUCAGGAAUCACAGUAACCAGAGAUAAGAAGAUUGACCUGCAGAAGAAGCAGACCCAGCGCAGUGUCUUCCGUUGUAACGUCUUCGGAGACAUUGGCAGUGGCAAGAGUGGUUUCCUCCAAGCUUUCCUAGGUCGAAACCUUACGCGGCAGAAAACCAUUAAUGAAGAACACAGAUCCUUCUAUGCCAUCAGCACAACAUAUGUGUAUGGCCAGGAGAAAUACCUACUUCUUCAUGAAGUUUUCCCCGACUUUGACUACCUGUCUGAUGCCGAUAUGUCCUGUGACAUUGUCUGCUUGGUCUAUGAUGUCAGCAACCCCUACUCCUUUGAGUACUGUGCCAAAGUCUUCAAGCAAUACUUCAUGGACAGCAAGACACCCUGUAUGAUGGUUGCAGCAAAGUCCGACCUGCCUGAGGUCAAGCAGAUGUACGGCUGCAGUCCCCUGGAGUUCUGUAGGAGGCACAAGAUGCCGCCUCCUCAGACGUUCACCUGCAACACAGCGGCUGCAGCACCCAACCAAGACAUCUACACCAAACUCACCACGAUGGCCAUGUACCCCCACGCCCGGCUGCGCUGCAUGUGCACUUGUAACCGGUGCACAUUCUGCUUGUGUCAGAACCUCCUCAACUCUGAGCUGCUGCAGACGGUCAGAGCCAAACUCUACGCUGUCGUACUUAGAAGGUUCUCUCUACUUUUAAGACACCUCAAAUCUCUUCUCUCACUGUUCUUCCCUACACGUAGUCUUUGUAUUUAUCUAUAUCUCAACUCUGUGUUUAACAGACAUGUGAGCCAGGCAGACCUGAAGAGCUCCACCUUCUGGCUCAGAGCGAGUGUUGGGGCCACAGUGUUUGCAGUGUUGGGUUUAACUCUGUACAGAGUGCUGCUCAGACAGCGGUGAUUCUCUUCGUCUUUAUCCAUGGACAUCUAUCCUGACAGGUCACAUCAUUUGUCCCCGCCCCCCCAAUUUUGCUUGAAGUACAUUAAACAUUCAUGGAAAACGUCUGAAAAUAAACCCUCAUUUUAUUUCUUCCUGGGGAUAAAUGAGAAAAAUCUUUAAUUUUGUACCGAAAUAACUUAGUCUGUUCUCCAAGUCUUUGCACGGUAAAAUAAUUAUAUUUAUAAAAACAAACAUUGUAAGUUGCCACAUUGAGAUACAAAGCUAGGUAUUUUUUUCUUUGGUUGCUCGGUGAGUGCACUGAUGGACAAGGCGUCACUUGUAGUAGAGAUUAUGAAAUGUGAGGUACGAAACAGAAUUUAUGCUUUUAUUAGACUAAAUAAUGUUUAAAUUGUAUAUUUAACAUAGUGCACUAUAUUGUACAAGCAAAACAGUAGCAAACAUUUUUUAACAUUGCGAACAUCUGAGCACAUCAGUGUUUAAUUGGUGGAUGUGAAUGUGUGAAAUGAUUCCUAUUAUGUGUGUGUGUGAGCAAAGAUAUUGAAAAUUUACACUGUACAUUUUGUGUUUGCAUGCAGUAUUUUAAGAUUUCCUUCCCAACUUCUCUGUAUCGUUUUCCAGGCUCAUUAUUUAAGUUUGCUGACAGAGGUCCGAAGAAUUUUAUUCAUUGUGACGCUCUCUGUCUCUCCUGGCCACAGAUGUUAAUUUAUAAACCACUGCAAUUGCUUGUUACAAAGUUCAUUUUGUAAGUAUUUAUUCAGCCCUGCCUUUCCAAAAAUUUAACAAUCAAUAAAUGUCUAUUACUGCA